CAAACAGCAAACAAUAAACAAUAUUUUUUAAAAGAAAGCCAUCCGUCUGAAAUCUGAACCAUGCCGAAAGCGGAAAAGGGUUCCGUAAAGGAUAUUGCCAACCGCAUGAAGGCAAGGGGCCUGCAAAAGCUCCGCUUCUAUUGCCAAAUGUGCCAGAAACAAUGCCGGGACGCCAAUGGUUUCAAGUGCCACAUCCAAUCCGAUUCGCACAUGCGGCAGAUGAAAAUUUUCAGCGAGAACGCUGGGGGGUUUCUAGAGCAAUACUCGAAGGAGUUCGAACAAUCCUUCAUGACGAACCUGAGAAUGCGGCACGGGACCAAAAAGGUCAACGCCAACAAUGUCUAUCAGGAAGUCAUUUCCGACAAGCAACACAUCCACAUGAACGCAACGCACUGGACGACACUCACGGAAUUUGUUCAGUACCUGGGGAAAACCGGAAAGUGCAUCGUGGAAGAAAACCACUCCGACGGGACCGGGGGCUGGUACAUCUCCUACAUCGAGCGCGAUUCCGGGAUCCUGGCCCGGCGGGAGGCCCAGAAACAGCGGGAAGCCGCCGACCAGAAGGCCGAGGCCGCCCUUCUGGAACGUAUGAAGGCGCAGAGAAUUGCCGCCGCCAGGGCGCUGGACAGGGCGGGGGGGUCCGUGACCGUGCAAGCCACGUCGAUCCAGCAGAACGGGAACACGGCACCCGCCAUCAAACUGGGGUUGGGUGCGGCGAAAAUGAAAACGGCCAAGAAAAAAUCCACCGCAUCCAUUGGAACCUCGGCCUUUGGGGACGACGAUGAUGAAGAAAAUAAUGACGAUGAGAAGGAUUACUCGAAGCGAAAGUCAGCGAAUACGAACGUCGAAAAGAUGAUGAAGGAAACAACCAUGAGGAAACAAGCGGCGGCGACGACAAUGAAUGAGAACAAGAACAGCAGCAGCAAGGAUUCUAGCGCCAACCCAAAGACAACGAAAAAGAGAAAACUCAACGACGAUGGAAAUCGGAGGAUAGAGGAAAUUACAAAGCGAUCGAGAGACGAAAGGAGCGAGGUUUCCCGGACCAAACCAAGCGAAGAGCAACAAGCCGUUAAGGACCAAAACAGUUGGCUGUACCGGGACAUUAUGGUGCGCGUAGUUUCGAAACGGUUGGCCGGCGGCAAGUAUUUCCGAAAAAAGGCGGUGGUCGACACGAUCGUAGGGGACGGAUUCGCGGCCGAGGUCGAGGUCUUGGGGGAUAGCGAGGACGGAGUCGACGGGGAUAUUUUGCGGCUGGACCAGGACGAUCUGGAAACCGUGAUCCCCAAGGUGAGCAGUGGUGGCAAGCCCAAGAAAGUCCGGAUCCUAAGGGGGGAAUUCCGGGGAGAAAAGGCGACCAUCGAGCACCUCGACAAGUCCAAAUACCGUGCCGAUCUGAUUCUGUACAAACCGAAACGGGACGAGGACCGGGGGAGGCGCCUCAGAAAGGUCCCGUACGAAGAUUUUUCGCAGAUUGCCUGACCGUUCGACCCGCACAAAAACUGCCGGGAUUGGUGUUCACGGAUUGCCAAACCACCUAGGUGGACAACGAGUGGUAUGCCAUACGCCCAUGAGUCGCCGCUAUGGCCUUCGCUUCCAUCCUCGAUCGAGUCGCGCAAAGGAAGGAAACACGGAACCAUCAAGAACGGAAAGCGAGCAGCCCACCAAACGAAUAGCAAAAACGCACACGAUCAGUUGCCAGGGGUCGAUCGGGGUCUGUGGAAUAGAAUACUGUUCAGCAA